AUGGCGGUUCUCUUGGUGGCGUUUCUGGUUCUUCUGGUGCUCGUCCUCUGUUUAUCCUCUGCUUUACUGUUGAGGUGGAAUGAGGUCAGGUUCAGCAAGAAGAAGGGCUUGCCCCCUGGCACCAUGGGAUGGCCCAUUUUUGGAGAAACCACUGAGUUCCUCAAACAAGGCCCUAACUUCAUGAAGAACCAACGAGCAAGGUAUGGGAGUUUUUUCAAGUCCCACAUACUCGGCUGCCCGACAGUGGUAUCAAUGGAUCCAGAUGUGAACAGGUACAUACUGAUGAAUGAAGGGAAAGGGUUGGUUCCAGGCUACCCACAGUCGAUGCUUGACAUCUUGGGGAAAUGCAACAUUGCAGCGGUUCAUGGCUCCACCCACAAGUACAUGAGGGGCGCUCUACUUUCCCUAAUAAGUCCCACCAGGAUCAGGCACCACUUGCUGCCGACAAUUGACCAUUUCAUAAGAACCCAUCUCUCCAAUUGGGAUUCACAAAUCAUUGACAUUCAGCUGAAAACCAAGGAGAUGGCAUUGCUCUCCUCACUUAAGCAGAUAGCUGGGCCCGAAUCUGGCUCGAUCUCGGGGGCAUUCAUGCCUGAGUUUUUCAAGCUUGUUUUGGGCACGUUGUCGCUCCCGAUCGACCUUCCUGGAACCAGCUAUCGACGAGGGUUCCAGGCUAGGAAGAGCAUAGUGAGCAUUCUAAGGCAGCUGAUAGUGAAAAGGAGGGAAUCCAAUGAAUCCCAUUUGGACAUGCUGGGUUACUUGAUGAACACUGAAGAGAGCAAUAGGUACAAGUUGAAUGAUGACGAGAUUAUCGAUCAGGUUAUCACGAUCUUGUACUCGGGGUAUGAAACUGUCUCGACUACUUCGAUGAUGGCUAUCAAGUAUCUCCAUGAUCAUCCUAAAGUUCUUCAGCAACUUAGAGAAGAGCAUCUAGCAAUUAGAGCUAGGAAGAAGCCUGAGGAUCCACUUGACAUGGAUGACCUUAAGUCGAUGCGUUUUACCCGGGCGGUGAUAUAUGAGACAUCAAGGUUGGCUACCAUAGUUAAUGGGGUAUUAAGGAAGACAACUCAAGAAAUGGAAAUAAAUGGAUUUGUGAUCCCAAAAGGUUGGAGAAUAUAUGUCUACACAAGAGAGAUGAACUAUGAUCCAUGCCUAUAUCCUGACCCAUUUUCCUUCAACCCAUCGAGAUGGCUGGAUAAGAGUUUGGAAUCUCAGAACUAUCUCUUCAUAUUUGGAGGGGGUACAAGGCAGUGCCCAGGGAAGGAACUAGGCAUAGCAGAAAUCUCAACAUUUCUACACUACUUUGUGACAAGAUACAGGUGGGAAGAAGUUGGAGGGGACACACUAAUGAAGUUUCCAAGAGUUGAAGCCCCAAAUGGGCUGCAUGUUAGAGUUUCUCAUCUAAACUAA